AAAUGAGCCUGAAACUAACAUGUUCAGAGACCGACUGAACACAGAAUUAGGGCUCCUGAGUCUUGGCAGCUUCAGGAAAUCAGUCUCAGACCGUUUUGCCGCUGACUUCAAACUGUCCCGGGAAACCCAGUUCCCUAGAAAUCACAACGGCGCCGUGUUUUGCCUCGACAUUGAUAAUACUUAUGGCCAGUAUGUCCUGGCUGCUUCUGCUUCAUCAACCAUUAGGAUACAUAACAUCACUCGACCUGGCCUUGACAACUUCGAUGAUGCGCCCUCAAACUCGGAAAAGCUGCAUUUCAGUCACGAGGGUGUGUCCUGCGUACAAUGGUACCCAAACAGCAUCAAAGUGAUGAGCUCUUCUGGCAGGGAUGGUUGUCUGAGAUUGUGGGACAUCUGCAAGAAGGUGUCCGUUGUCACUGUCAAGCCCUGCUCAUCUAGACAACCUAAAAUCGGGCAGCACCAUCAGUCGGCCCCCUCAAAAGUACCUCUCAUCGCUGUGGCGUCCACGGACUCGAGCAUUCCGAUUCUGGACAUGCGUUAUGGCAACACUCCCAUGAGACUGAACAACACGCGAGGACCUGUGAGUUGCGUCCAGUGGUCGCCGAUCGACGAAAAGGCCAUCGCCUCGGCCUCAGAUGGCAUCGUCCUGCUCUGGGACGUCCGAGUGCCUAGCAAGCCUCAGUUGCAGAUGGACAUGUCCAAUUCAGUGAACCCUGCAACCAGCUGUGUCUCCCACUUAGGUUUCAUCAAUGGCCUUGAAUUUACCAGGGAUGGACUGACCCUGAUCUCAUAUGGCGUUGACUGCGCCGUUCGAAUGUGGGACACCCUGAAGGGACGGCUGCUGGACGUCAACUGCGGCUAUGUGGAGAACAGGGCCAGGAAUGCCCUGCGAAUGGCCGUGAACCGUGGCAGCAGGAUUUUCAUCCCCGCUAGACACAAAAUAUCAGUUUUCGACCUUGACUCUGGAGAGAAAGUGGCCUCCCUCAGAGGGCACAUGGCCGAUGUGUAUUGCGUGAGGUACAACCCUGUCUUCGAGAUGGUGCACUCCGGCGGAAGAGACAGAAAUGUGCUCAACUGGAGUUUGAAUCGAUUCAAAAAACGCUGCUCAAAUGCAAAGGAGGACAGUGAUGAAGAAUCUUAAUUGAAAGUUUAAGGAAUCUUGCAUAUAACGGGACAUAAACGCUUAAUAAAUUGACUUUUUUUAAUCUUGUUAUUUUCUUCCAUUGAAAUAAUAAAUUUAUUGAGGGAAUUAUUGGCAUUAAAACAAACACAGAUAAUAUCUACACUUUAUUGAAGGCAAGGACUUAUUUUCAGUGCAAAUUCAUUGUAGUACCAUUUCAGUUCGUAGAGGACAUCCGAGAGUGCUUAUAUAAUUAAUAAUGAAAAUAAAAUGAAGCUCGCAAAAAAUAAUUCUAAAUAAGUUUCAAGUAAAUUACAGGUGAACUUAAACAAGGAAAUAUACAAAAAAAAAGCAGAUCAUCAAAUAACUAAUUGCAAAAAUUAUCACUUUGAUGCUACAAACUAGAAAUUGUAACCUUUCUUUAGCUAAAAUAACAAUAAAAUGAUAGCUCCC